AUGGUUAAAAAUACUACUUGUGAUAGAUGUGGUCUAAAUCUUUCCACAUAUCAGAAAUAUCAACAACAUUUAAAUCAAAAAAAUCCUUGCCAACCUAAGAAUUUUACUCAAGUUCCAAUAGGAAAUCUAGCUACAGCCCCUGUUCUAGUGCAAAAUAUUACUCCAACAGAAGAAAAUGUGUCGACAGUCGAUCCCGGAAUAAGAUCUAGUUUAGCUAAUAAAACUAUUUUAAUUUAUAAAAAUAUACCAAAUGAAUUUGAAUUUUAUGACGGAAAAAAAAAUAGUAUG